UGUUUAGUGAGCUAACUAGCACACACACGAAUAUCGUUUUUUCUCAACCAAUGUCCCACAUAUAACUGCCAGGAUGAUGGAAUCAUGCCUGAACAACGAUGUUGAAAGACCGGUUCAAUUAGAGGUCGAUGAUUUGAAGAGAGAUCUCUCAUCAGAAUUCAGCACCUUGCCACAGCUUUCCAGCAUGGAGGAGAAAGAGCACCUUCAGGUCUACCUCCGUAUCCGACCCUUCAGCACAGCAGAGAUUAAUAAUGGAGAAUCACAGGGAUGUGUUACCAUCGAGCACCCUGAAACAAUUCUCCUGAAACCUCCCAGUUUGUCCCUCUCGGCGAGGCUUAGCGCUGACAAAUCGCUUCCACAGACUGGACAGCGUUUUCAGUUCUCUCAGGUGUAUGGUCCUGAGACGAUGCAGAGAGAGCUCUUUCAAGGCACGGUAAAGGAUUUGGUGAAAGAUGUCUUCGAAGGGGAGAACUCUCUGGUUUUCACUUAUGGAGUCACAAACGCUGGGAAGACCUUCACAUUCUUAGGUCCGGAUGCUAAUGCUGGUAUCCUGCCGAGGUCUCUCAAUGUCAUUUUCAGCAGUAUUGAGGAACAUGUUUUCACUGGGAUGAGCAUCAAACCUCAACGCUGCCGCGAGUUCACAAAGCUCACCGGGGAGCAGCAGGCCGUGGAAGUGACUUUCAAGAGAAACUUCUUCAGUCAAUUUAAACGGAGUGAGAAGAGCGGCCUGCUGAACUUGACCAACAAGACUCUCUUUGAAGGCUCCUCCAUGCUGGACACCACCGUCGCAUCAGAGGACAAAAUCAGUCUGUCCCUGGAAGCCCACAUCAAGUUCUCUGUUUGGGUUUCUUUCUGUGAAAUCUAUAACGAGAACAUCCACGACCUCCUCGAGGUGACGCCCAGCGGGGCGCCGAGGAGGAUCGCACUGCGCCUGUCGCAGGACGUCAAGGGCAACGCUUUGUCAGAAGAUCUGCGAUGGAUUCAGGUGAAUAGUGCGGAAGAGGCUUACAUGGUGAUGAAGCUGGGCAAGAAGAACCAGAGCUUCUCCUCCACCCGACUCAACCAGCUCUCCAGCAGGAGCCACAGUAUUUUCUCCAUUCGCGUAUUGAGGAUUGAAGAUAUUGGGACUCCGAAGGUCCACACAGUGAGCGAGUUGUGUUUAUGUGACUUGGCUGGCUCUGAGCGAUGCGCCAAGACCCAGAAUAAAGGAGAGCGCCUCAAAGAAGCCGGAAACAUCAACACCUCAUUGCUCAUCCUGGGAAAAUGCAUCAACGGACUUCGACACAAUCAGCAGGCCAAGCUGCUUCAGCACAUUCCCUUCAGGGAGAGCAAGCUGACCCACUACCUGCAGGGCUUCUUCCGCGGCCGAGGCAAAGCCUGUAUGAUCGUCAACAUCAACCAGUGUGCCUCCAUGUACGACGAGACUCUCAACGUCCUCAAAUUCUCUGCCGUGGCGCAGAAGGUGGUUGUUCUGUCCACCAGGCCGCCUCCCAUCAACAUGCCCCACCGGUCCACCAGUGAGAUAUCCUUCAUCAUCAACAAUGCUGAGAGAAAGGCUCUGCGGAGCAGCAGGAGGAGCUCCAUGAUUGGCUGGGAUAUGAGCCUGGAAGAUGUCCAGGAGGAUGAGGAUGAUGAGUAUGAGGAAGAAGUUAGCCAGAUGGAGGGCUCAAUGGAUCAGACGGGCGAUGAAGACGAUGCCAAUACAAGUGAUGAUCCACUUCCCAUCGGUGUACAGCAGAGGCACUUGGAGCUGUUGAAACAGCUGCAGCUCCAGCUGAAGAAGGAGCGAGCAGAGAGCCUCCUCCUGGAGGCGCGACUCAGAGAGGAAAUCAGCAGAGAGUUCUCCGAGAUCUUCUCCGAGAUGCAGAACGACUAUAAUGACCGCCUGGCAAGGGAGAGUGAGAUCUUAGAGGAGCGAGCAGAACGGCGGUUCGAGAUCUUCAAGAACCUCAUGAACAAAAUGGCCACCCCUGCACUCGAUCAAGACGCACAAUCCAUGGACACAUCUCUGGACGCCCACUCCGCCGAGGCUGCCCAAACAUGUCUGAGCUCAGUCCAAUCGGGGGCUCGGGAAGACGGGGGAGAAGCUGGAGAGGAGCCGCAGAGGAAGAUGUUGGAACUGAGUGAAGCCAGUGGAUUGGAGGAUAAAGAGAAAAGGAGGCUUCUCGCUCAUCCCGAGGAGAAGUUAUCGGAGAUCUCCCGGCUGGAGAAACAAGUGGAAGACCUACAGAAGGAGAGAGAGCUUCUCACAGAGGGUGUUUCACAUGAGAGAAAGCAGCUGCAGGAGGCGUUCACUGCCCUUGAGAAGGAAAAGAAAGGCAGGGAAGACACCCUGGCUGCUCUGGAGUACCAGACUAUGGGACGAGAGAAGGCGCUGGCAUCCUUAGAGGCAGAAAGUAAAGCCAAGGAGGAGGCCCUCGCCACACUUGUUGAGCUGAAGCGGAGCAAAGAGGAGGCGCUGGCAUCCCUUCAAGAGGAGAGCGACAGCUGCCAGAAAGCCACGGCGGCCCUUGAAGUUGAGAGGAGGGCGAAGGAGGACGCCUUGGCGGCCCACUCCGAAGAGCAGCGCGGCAGAUUGGACAUCGUCGCCGCUCUCGGCCAAGAGAGGAGUCGCAAAGAGGAGGCUCGGUCGGCUCUGGAGGGGGAGAGGAGUGAAACCCGCCGGCUGCUUGAGGAGAGAGCAACGAGGCAACAGGAGAGCGACGCACUUCGACUCGAAGUCAGAGAGCUCGCUGCCAGGCUGGAGGACUCCGAGCACCAGGUGACCAGCAAGACGAAGAGAGCCGAUGAAGUAUUGGUCCAACUGCAAACUGCUCAGGCCCAACUGGACAAACACGCCGAGGAGAUCCCAGAGAAAACCUCCCUGAUCCACUCCCUGAUGCGAGAAGUUCAAAGCCUCAAAGGGGAAGUGCAGGCUUCAGCAACGUCGGCUGGUGUUGUCGAUGAUCAGCGGAGACGAGAAGUGUCUGAGCUGAGGGAGAGUCUGGCUGAGGAGAAGCAGACGAACGAGAGCAAGGACACACGAAUGCUGGAGCUGGAGCACCGGCUCGCACAGACGAAAGAACAGUUGGCGCACAGUCAGCAGAUCUCCAACCAGCAGCUGCAGCAACUCACAGAGGAGCGGGAGCGUCUGGAAGCGGCUUCAACGCGGCAAGUUGACGAGCUAAGAAAGAAGCUGCAGGCGCAAGAAGAGACGUCGCAGCGAGCGCUGGAGGAACUGGGCGUCGAGCUCAAGUGCCAAGAACAGACGUCCGAAGAGGAAGUCAAACGGCUGAGAGCAAAACUUGAGGAACCAGCUCGGGCCUCAGAGAAGCUGGCGGAGGAGCUGCAUGAGAAGCUCCAGCAACAAGAAGUGAUGUCACGACAGCAGCUGGAGGAGUUAAAACGCAAACUCUGUGACCAAGAAGCAGCUUCCGGCAAACUGUUAGACGAUCUGGGGCUGAAGCUCAGUGAGCGGGAGCAAAGUGCAGAGCGGCUCAAGGUCGAGUUGGAAGAAGCUAAGUUGAAGGGUUCAAAGAAGUCUUCAAGCGCUGCUGCUGCUGAGGAGGAGCUCAAGAAGCUGAACUCUGAUCUCCAGGCCGAGAUUGCAUCCCUGAGGUCGAAGGUGUUCACCAUGGAGGAAAGCACAGCCGGAGCUCCGCCGGCCUCUUCCGAAGUUGAACGAACGCGCAAAGAAACCGUCAAACGGGCGAUGGAGGAGCAGCUGGCGGAGGCGGCGCAGGUGUCCGCGGAGCUGCAGGCGAAGCUGCUGGCUAAAGAGGCGCGGGUGACAUCGCUGCAGAAGAGCCUGCGGGAGGCGCAGGAGCGGCGGGAGGAGCAGGAGAGCCAGGCGGUGCAGGAGGCGCGGCGCCGGGAGGUGGAGCGGCGCCGGGAGCUGCUGGCCGCGGCGCACGAGGCCAUCGCUCAGAAGGACGCCGAGCUGGAGAAGAAAGCCGAGGAGAUGGAAAGACUAAAAGAAAACGCCAAGCAGGACUCGGACAGAGUAAAGAGCCUCAGCCUCGACCUUCAGAGGAAGGAGGACGACACUUCAGACCACCGAGAGAAACUAGCCGACUACAAGAAGCAAAUCCAGCAGGUUCAGAAGGAGAUCUCUGGCAUGAGAGAAGAGGAAAAGCUUUUGAGGCAAAAGCUGACUGACAUGGAGAAAGCCAAGAAGCAGCUUCAGUCUGACGUUGCCAACAGGGACCGAACCAUUCAGCAGCUCAGAGUGGAACAAGCGUCUGACACCAAGUCCGACCAGAAGGCCUGUAAAGACCUUGAAACCAAGGAGCGGGUACUGGACGACAUGCGUCUCGCUCUGACUGAGCAGGAAGAGACACAGGACCAGAUGGAGCAGGUCUUGGAGGAGAAACUAAACCUCAUCCAGGAACUCUCGAGCGAGGUGGAGAAAUUGAAAGGGAUGUUGUUGCAGCAGGAUCGUCGUGGCAACGGCUCACAGCUUCAGGUCGGCAGCCCGUCGGAUGACCUCAAACUGGCCAAACAAGGAGCUGCCCGGGCCCAGGAAAGCUUGAAGCUGUGUGCAGAGAAACACCAGACUGAACGCAAAAAGUGGCUGGAGGAGAAGCUGUUCCUGAUUGGCCAAGCCAAAGAGGCGGAGGACAAGAGGAACCGGGAAAUGAGGAAGUUUGCCGAAGACCGAGAACGCUACACUCAACAGCAGAGCCAGCUGGAGUCCUUGUCCUCCCAGUUGUCUGAGAAGGAGCAGAUCAUGGAGAAGUGGAGGAAGGAGAGAGACACCCUGGUAGCAGCAUUGGAGGUCCAGCUCCAGAAGCUUCUCUCCAGCCAAGCAGAGAAAGACCAACUCAUCCAGCAGCUCCACCAGAAUGCCACAGAGCCCCCACAAGAGAGUGGUGAUGGAGGGGCAGAGCUGCAGGCUGCUCUGUCUGAAAGGGAGGCCGAGAUCUCACGACUGAAGGAAGAGCUCGAGGCCUUAAACGCCAAAUGGGAGGAUACAGUCACACAGAUUAAAAGCAAUGUGAACCUUGCUGCAGUGGCUGGAAAGUCCCAGUGUGAAACCAUUAACAGGAUGUCGGCAGGAAGAAAGGACACCAGGGCGUCGGUCAGCAGCCAGGGCUCAGCUGGCUGCCCGUCCGUGCUGGACGCCUCUGAGAUCUCCACAGAGAACGGCAGGAUGAGGCGCUUCCCCCGGCCGGAGCUGGAGAUCUCCUUCAGCUCUCUGCAGCCCAACCGCAUGGCUCUGCGCCGCCAGGGAGAGGAGAACACCGUCACCGUCAAAAUCACACGCUCGGCGCGCAAGAGGAAGAGCGGGGAGAUGGAGAAGUCUCACAUUUUCAGGAGGAGUAAACGACGACCGAAACCUGAGGAGGAGGUGGUUGCAGAGAACAGAAGGAACAUGCGGACCAAACUGAUGCCGAAGCUGACCCCUCACCAAGAAGAGAUCUCCUCUCCAGGUUACCAUGACUCCCUGAGCAGCAACAGCCGCAGCAGGAAGGACGGAGCUCUGCAGAAGAUCGGAGAAUUCCUCCAGAGCUCCCCCACGCUGCUGGGCAGCAAAGCCAAGAAGAUGAUUAGUCUGGUGAGCCGGCGGAUUGAUGGCGACUCGGCCGCCUCCUCUUCCUCACUCAGUCUGACAGCGAAGACGAACAGGAAUAAACUCUCCAGGCCUGUAAUCUCCUCCCCCAUGGACAUGCCCUCCCACCCAAUCAUCAGCCGAGCGCCAGAGGAGAAAGCGAGUGACCACCAGAUCAUUAAGAGGCGUCUCCGCUCCAGGCUGGUCAAAUAAUGAGCUCCACUGUAGACCAUUGGAGUUUUGUUGGUAAACACUAUCUUAAAUAAAUGAAGGAGGCGUCUCGCUGCUUAUGAGCCUUUUCUGUCACGCUGUCUUCAGUUAGAACUCGAUUGUCUUAUUUAGUCUAAAAACCUAUUUUAUGAGUCAUAUACUAUCAUUUCAGAAUAUAGCAAAAGACUAAUAUACAGCUGGUGAUGUGGAGAGACGUCAUAUAAAGGAAUUGUUUGAUAUUAUUCUGUGGGCUAGAUCCAGGAGGCAUUUAGCCGAGUUCAGCAUAAAACCCUCUAGAGCUCACCAACAUGUUGUGUUGUUCAAUCUGUCCACAAACAGAAACACAACAGUUUCUACUGUUUUAUAGAGCACAGACACGAGGGGUCAAACCCCCGACAUGUCGAAGCUUCUCAAUACUGCCAAAUAAUUCAAGCAACCUUUGGAUGGGAGGAAAGUAUGUUUGUCCACAUUCACCAUCAAAUGAAUCAAGAUAGUCCAUCAGAUGGAGAUAAGCUCCACUUUAUAGACACGCUAUGAUUAUUUCUUUCUUUCUUGUUAUGUGCAAUGUUUAGUGUUUGUUUAUUUGAUGCGAGUAAGCGACAACAGUUCCAGAUGUGUCAUUAGUCAAACCUUUGUGAGCUUUUGAGUGUUUUCGAUUUAUUUUGAACCACCAACUUACUCAUUGAUUUUCUGAAAGUGAUCAACAAAGAUAUGAAUAGAGCAUAAAAAAUGUCUUAGAAUGUUCUCAGCGGCUUUUUAAUUUUCUGGUUGAUGUUCAACGUCUCUGCCGUUUACUUUGUGAACAUCUACUUCACUAAAGUCCUUGUGCACUUUAUCGCUCCCUCGAACAAACUCCAAGGCUUCUGCCUCUGAUCUGUCCAUCAUUAUAUUCUGUUCUUUUCUUCAGGAACAUGUUGACCUGCCUCAGUUUAAAAAAGAAAGAAAGAUUCUGUAUUUAAUUCAACUUUUCUGAAAUUGUGCACUUUUCUUAUUCCAUACUUGUCAUAACAUCAUCUUUUUCUAAAUUUUUAUACCUUUUUGUUCUAUAGGUCUUAUCUGUAAUUUCUCAAAUAAAAAUACAAAAAAAAUGUC